GUGGGCCCCGCCCCCAGCCUGUUAUUGUGACGCUGGGUCCUGCUGCUUAGUCACGGUGACUGCUCGGGAUAUGGCGGGGGCGGCGGAGACCGGGGGCCGGUGAGUAGCCUGCCGCACGGGAUCCUGGGUGGGGGGCAGUGAAAUGACGGUCUGUGUGGGUGUGAGGGACUGGCCGGGCAUGGUUAGCGCUAUGUCUCCAGCAUGGUCUGUAGCGUCGUACAACACCUCCCAGGGAGCCAUGUCAGCAUGUCUCGGGACCCGGCUCACCCUUCAUAACGGGGUCCCCAUACAUCGGCAGGGCGUAGGGUAAGGGCUCCAGCUGCAGGACUACAACUCCCAUGAUCCUUAACAAGCUUUCCAAGAUCCCAGGGCAUCACGGGACUUGUAGUUCUUUCACCAGCUGGGGAUCUUACUACAUACAGUGAUACUACAUUAACUGGGGCAAGGGGUCACCAUGCCAGGGCAGGAGGGGGACAGUGGCGGGGGGGGCAGUGCCAUGGGUUCAGGGGGCAAUGCCAUGGGUUCAGGGGGGCAAUGCCAUGGAUACAGGCGGCAGUGCCAUGGGUACAGGGGGGCAAUGCCAUGGGUACAGGGGGCAGUGCCAUGGGUACAGGGGGCAGUGCCAUGGGUACAGGGAGCAAUGCCAUGGGUACAGGGGGCAGUGCCAUGGGUACAGGGGGCAGUGCCAUGGGUACAGGGGGCAGUGCCAUGGGUACGAGGGGCAGGGCCAUGGGUACGAGGGGCAGUGCCAUGGGUACGAGGGGCAGUGCCAUGAGUACAGGGAGCAGUGCCAUGGGUACGAGGGGCAAUGCCAUGGGUACCGGGAGCAGUGCCAUGGGUACAGGGGGCAUUGCCAUGGGCACAGGGGGGAAUGCCAUGGGCACAGGGGGCAGUGCCAUGAGUACAGGGGGCUGUGCCAUGGCAGAGGUUAUGGGUUUAUCACUGGGCUAUGCUGUGACAGGCUGGGGUGUCAUGGGUUCCAAAGACAGCUGGUAAAGGCACUGGCAGAGGAAAUGGUGACAAAUUUGGGGAAGGAUCAAGGAUAGACAGGUUGACCCGAAUCAGUAAUGCAAAUCUGUCCUAGACUUAAAAAAGUUUUUUUAAAUUUUUUUUAUUUUCUUUGUGUGUGGAUGUGGAAUAACAGUCCAGCAUGGUAGUGUAAGCUUAACAGGAAUACAGAAUAGGUACCAUUCUUUGGUUUACAUGAGAUAGGCACACACUACAACAAAGUAUCUAUAGACUGUAAGCUCGUUUGCGCAGGGCCCUCUUCAACCUAUUGUUCUUGUAAGUUUUUGUAAUUGUCUCAUUUAUUGUAAAAAUCUCCCCCUUUGAUAAUAUUGUAUAGCGCUACGGAAUAUGCUGGCGCUGUAUAAAUACCAAUAAUAAUAAUAAUAAUAAUAAUGUAUAACAGAAAGGCCAAGACAUUUAUUUGUCAUUGUUAGUGAAUUGGUAUGAUGUUUUUUUGUUUUUGUUUUUUUUAAAACAAUAAUUCAUAUAGUUCUAGUGUAUAAUUCAUAUUUUAGAUUUCUGUCAUUCUCCCUCCCCCCCUCCCCUCCCCAUUUUUGUUAUCACAAUUAAGUUUAUUUAAUACGUUUUACAUUGUUUAAAAAAUAAACAAUUGCUGCAAGUAUUUGAGAAGAAAUAGUUGUAUAUAGAUCAGGUACCACUCACAGACACAACAUUUAUAGACACAAAUGAGGUAAAUACCACGUCAAAUAAUAAGUAUAAAGAGUUAGUGGUUGUAGUUGAUCAACUUUUCAAUAUAGUACAUAAAUGGUGCAGGUAGUGCUCAGCGACACAGGACUAUACCAGUAGAAGUUAGGUAUAUCUCAGAUGUAAAUAUUUGUACACAGACUUUACCACCAGCGCACUCAUUGAGUCCAUACACGCCUAUCACAUGCAGACAGCUCCUGUCCUAUGCCAUCUGUCACUGCUUAUCAUUAAUGUGACACAGCAAGAUAUAUAUCAGACAGCACUCCUCUUAGCUCAUGUACUCCCAUUGCCCACAUUUAUCCUAGCUCACUAACAUUCGUUGCACGCAUUCACACCAUGCCCAUCCUUUCCUUUGGAUUCUUGCAUAGGUGAAGGCAUCAUCUUUUGUGGCAGUGCGAAUCUAGAAUGUGUAAUUUGUCUAUAUAGAAAUACGUAGCCACUGCACUCCUGGAAGUGCUUUUCAUUUUGUUUGAGGUCAUCAUGUGAUGUCAGCAUUACAGAAUCAUGUGAGUGUAUUGUGCAAUCAGAUGUCAACUUUUUAGAACUGAUUAGGAAUACACUUUGUUUAUGGAUAUCAGAGUUUUACUUUAAAGGCAGACUCCUAUUUAUGGGAUAUAAGUGUACUCAAAGCCGGCCUUAAUACGUUGUGUUUGUGUUUUUUUGUUUACCUGCCACGAUAAUGUGAUUGUAAAAUGAACAAUCUAGAGGUUUGAAGGGCAACAGGACCACAAGUGCACCAAAGUCCUACCAAGAUUUAUUCAAGGACGAACUUUUGGGUCGAUGACCUAGUCUUGAAACAGUGGUUUUUCUUUUUUUUUUCUUUUUUCUUUUUUUUUUUAUGCAUUGAGGAGAGGUUACUGACCCGACAUGUUUAUACUUCUGUUUGUCCUUCAAUAAAUCUUCUUGCACUUUGCUGUACUUUCACUCCCAUUGCACUUCAUACCUCAGUUGUUUUUCAUUUUGUGUACUUUUAACCACAGAAGGAGCAACAGUGGAUUUUACAGCUACGUGGUGCUAAUAUGUUCUUAACUGUUCAAGUACUGCUGUAUCCUGCUUGCAAUCAUUCUCGGUGGCCUGGUAUUUUUAUAAUUCAGGAACCUCACUUGGGUAUAAAAUGAAAUAUUUGAUACCAAACAUUGCCACAUAAAUAUGAAUAGGAUGCUGUUGUGUUAACAUAUACAGACCUAUACUUAUAUGCAGUAGGGAUCACUAAUGUGCAAAUAAUUAUAUUUAUAUGAAAUGGUUUUCAAAUAAUUCUGUUUCAGAGGAUAUUGCCAGAUUAUCUAGAUGUGGGUUGAUAUCACACGCUGGCACAGUUUAGAUUUUUAUCUAUAUGGCGGUAAGACAAGAGAAUGUUACACAAUCUGACUAAAAUUAUAUGCAGAUUGUGUGUACGUUAAAAGCUUAGAUUGCAAAUCAUACAAACAAGCAACACUAGACAUUGUCGUACUAUUCAUAUCAUAUCAUAUUUUACAGAAGGGGUGUAGGAAAGAUUGGUAAAUUAUAAAAGCUCAUCUGGGUUUAUUGAGGAACUAAGGAGAAGGUACAUCCGCAGACGUCUAUAUUAAAAUUCACCACAGCUUUUUAUUUAAAAUUUUUUUGUCGUACUAUGCCCUUCGUAGAUUGCAUAUUCUUUUUAAAAAUUUAGCCAAUUUUAAAAUCUGAAUUGCAGAACCCAGGAAGAAAAAAUAGCUGAGCUGUAACUAACACUGACUGGAGAUAGUUUUAUUAUUUUAUUUAUUUUUAAUCAACUUUAUAAAUGUAUUUUUUUUUUUUUUAAUGCUAUUCUGAUUUUGAUCCACUGCAAUUUGUAGCUUAGUGAAUAAACCCAAUAAUAGGGUUACAAUGCUCCUUUUUCUCGCCAUGUGAUAUAAUGUUUCUCUCACACUCCACACGCACUUUCACUAGUAUAAACUACAGGCUUGUCGGGGUCAGAGUGGAACUAAAAAUCACACUGUAUUUCCUGAAUUGUUCUUAGUUAGGACUCGCUGAGUGUGAUAUUGUGCACGGGAACAUAUGUCUGGUAGCCCUGGCAUUUUCUUCUGUCUGUGUUUGCUUGUUCUCAGUGCUUCGAAAAAUAUUGACUUUGAAAUGAAAUCAGUAACCAAUUAAUCUUACACUUUUCUUUUGUCUCUUCACAGUUAUCAAACAAAAAAUGAACUAGAAAGCAUUAUCUGGGAUUUUAUUGAAGUCGUUUAGCUGGAUUGCGUUUUAAUCUUCUAUCUUGGUUACAUCCGUUCUUCAACAUUGGAAUAAAUCAAUUCAACUGUUUAGAAAUGCACCAAACAAUGAGAUAAUGUAUUAAAGCUUAAACACCCUUUUUGUUUGCUCACCGAUAGCCUACGACCAUGGCAUAAUUCUCUGUUUGGUUUAAGACUUGAAUUUCCUUAAUCUGAAAUCCAUGGAUUAAUUUUCUUUUCAUUUACCAGUGACGUUGGUAAUUUUUCAACUUUUGCCAAAAUGGAAAAAUAAUAUUGACUUUUUUUGUUUUUGAAUUUUAUUUUUUAUUCUUCACAAUUAAUUUUUUCCCCAUUGAAUAAUGUGCAGCUAAAAGAACCAGAGGAAGAUAGGAGGCGAUGUACGCCACGGAGUGUCAAGCGGAAGUCACACCCUCCCACAACAAUGGCAACCGUCAGUUUCAGUAUACACUGGCGGACCACACAAAUCAGGCCUUUCAGAUCAUGAAUGAGCUCAGGCUGGGGCAACAACUCUGUGAUGUCACGCUGAGGGUCAAGUACCAUGAAUUUCAAGCCGACUUCGUGGCACAUAAGAUUGUCCUGGCUUCUAGCAGCCCUGUGUUCAGAGCCAUGUUCACAAACGGACUCAAGGAGUGUGGCAUGGAGACCAUACCCAUUGAGGGUAUACAUCCCAAAGUGAUGGAACGACUUCUAGAGUUUGCCUACACGGCCAGCAUAUCGGUUGGGGAGAAGUGUGUGAUUCAUGUGAUGAACGGGGCAGUUAUGUAUCAAAUGGACAGCGUGGUCAAGGCCUGCUGCGAUUUCCUCAUCCAGCAGUUAGAUCCCAGUAAUGCCAUCGGAAUCGAAAGCUUUGCCGAGCAGAUUGGUUGCCAUGAACUGCAUCAGAAGGCUCGGGAAUACAUCUAUUUGAAUUUCGGAGAGGUAAGCCAUGAUGAACUAAAGGUUUUAGGUGGCAAUGUGUAAGGAAGUGAUGCUCAAAAGGUUAACCCCCAGAUGUUUUAAAACCACAGCUUCCAUGAUGCUUUAAUAUUCUAAAGGCAUACAAAGCAUUGUGGGAGUUGUAGUUCUAAUCUACCUUUUGGGCACCCCUGAUACACGUCGUUGUAUGGCUGCCAUGUUUUAUUCUUUCUCUAUUGGCUGUCAUUGAUACUGUAUGUUGGAGAGAGGAAAGUCUCGGUUCCAACUGAAUAUUUCUUUCCUUCUUUGUCCUCUGCCUGGCUGGAGUCAAGAUAUGUGUGUUUAAUAAUAGACGUUUUUCAACAUACUACUAUUUCAGAUUGUAUUCCACCUUUUUAUAUGUUUGCUAUUGUCAUUUCAAAUUCUUCCAAUUGUACUGGUUCUAUUUUGCACUUUAUUUCUUAGAGCUGUCUAUAUAAAUAUUAGACUCCAUCUUUUAUUGGUUUAGGGAUCUCCUGGUACGUGUAGGUUUUUACACCUAUUUUUAUUCACUUAUAUACUACUAACCUGCCCUUAAACAAAUGGAGUUAUUUAGAAAGGGUUUUUUUUUUCCCAUUGUGGCAUUGUUGCAGUACUGUUUAUGGUAAUUGUAGCUUAUGGGAGGGCUUUAAUUACUUGUAGUUUAAAGAGACACUCUAAUCACUAAAACCACUAUAGUCUGCUGUAGUAGAUAUUGUGCCAGGGAUCCUUGGAGCCAUCCCAUUAUUAUAUUUUAAAAACCGUUUGACGCUAACUGUGGAUGUCCAGAGUAUGUGUGAUUCAGCCCCUUACUGUCUGUAUAGUGUAAAUAUCCCUUCUGUGUCAGCGUUAAACUUUUCCUUUUGUAUUUGGACAGAAUUCAUUGACUCAUAAAUUAAUCUACUACAGAUAGAAUUUCAAAUUUAAGGUCAAAAUAGCUGAAUUGGAAAAAUUCCCCAGUGCUGUCAGAUCGCUUGCUCUGGCCUUAAAUUGUAAAUUCACUUUGAAUUCUUACUUUAGCAAAUAAACCUAUCAGCGUGUCUGCGGACAAUCUCCACCAAGGAUUGCUGUCCAGACGUGGUGGACAAAAUUGAUAUUGGAAUAGGGCCAGACGUUGUAACCAGUACAACGAGCUGUAGUGAUUAUGGUGUCUUAGAGUGCUUCUUCAUGCACCUGUCAUACUUGGCAUAGCUUGGUGCCACUUUGGGAGUAGCACUAUGUCUCUACAUUGUGCUCGCCCUGCUUAUAGAUGUUAACUAUUAAAAUCUUCUUAGACUUUACCACUAUGUUGUUGGCUUCGAGUAACAUGGUGUCCAUGGGCAGCUGCACGUAGCAGCCUAGCAACACGUCAGACUGUAAAAUUCCACAACUGCAACUUAGCCUAUUCGUUUUAUUUACUAAAGCGUGUAUUCUCAGGAAUUCAAAGUAACUUUCAAAUUUAUUAUAGCUAAAAAAAAUAAUAAUCAGGUUAGCUAUGUUUCUAAGGUGGCUAUUUAAGCCCAAAACAAGUAAAAAUUCACUUUCAGGGUUAAUAUGUAUUUUGCAUUAGGUCCUUGAGAUUUUGCGCAUUUUUAAGCAAAAUAGUAUCUGGGCAGGCCAAUAAAGUUCCUCCAUAGCAGACUUGCCAAACCAGCUUUCAUGGAGCUCGCUUUGCAGAGUCAUGCUGGAUCGUAGAUGUGGUGUUUCUGUUGCAGUGUAAGCAUGCAGAAGCCAAACACAGAAAUAUUGGACACAGGUCUUCAGGAAGUAACAGGCCUUUAUUCACAUUACCGAUCGGGUCUCAGAUGAACUCCUGUUCCAAAGGAUCUGAGAGACCAACACAUGGUGUACAUUCCUUAUAUAGCACUAUAACUCCUCCCAUUAAUAGCUACACCCACAUAUACCUUUAACCAAUCAAUGAGCAGAAUAUAGACUUGUACAUCUAGUCAAACCACAUGGCCCAUCCAAGACAAAGGAAAUAAGUGCAAUUUCAGUUCCUGCAUUCCUGCACAUGCUCAGUACACUGAUGACAGUAUCCUAGCUACAUGUAGCUAACCAACUGACACAACAUACACAUAUGCCACAUGGAGAUUUUGGCCUACUAAAUUUUGACCAUGCUGGAAUCCCAUCACAUUCCCCCCUUUUGAUGCCUCUGAUAUAACAUUAUUCCAGAUGCAUCACCAAUCACAGUUUUACCUACAUCUCUCAAGUAGCCAUUGAACCAGAGUAGACCUUGUAAGCAUCUUAAAAACUCCUUCAACAUUCUUCAUCCUGAAUAUAUUCUCUUCGGGCUAGGGGAUCAUAUCUUCCAGACAGCCAUUACAUGAGCCGCUGUCUUUCUCUCUAUAGUACUCUCUAUAAUACUACGUAGGGACCUUACCACUAGUGGAAUUAGACAGGGCAGGAGGAGGCACAAAAAAAAAUAAUAAAUUCUACUCCUCCUACUAAUGUCUUAAUUCCUCCAAGCUGCUCAUACCAACUUCCAAACCAACUACUUAGGUUAUACCCAUUCCAGACCUGAGUAGGUACAUGCUCAAAUUUAACCAUGUGGCUUGUAAGUUCAGCCACUGCCUGCCCUUCAUCAUCUAUGUGCAGACAACAGUUACUUAGAUUAAACUUUCCGCAUACACCUCCUUCUACUGCUAGUAAGUAAUCAAGGGCUAGCCUAUUCUGGUAUAUGGCUGAUCACAUCUUGGUAUUUUGCCUAGCUAGAAGAUUAAGCACUUGAGCUGUGUCAUUAGUAAUAAUCUCAACUACCGCCUGUAGUCUAAUAAUGCGGUUGAGCAUAUAUAAUCGGAGUUCUAUAUCCAUAAGUACCAUCUUCUGCCCAAGUAGUAGGUCCAUAAUAAUUAAUAAUACGUUGAGGGGGCCACUCAUUAUCUUCCCAGCUACCUAUAUUCAAGGAUGCUCUCUCCCUUUUAUGAUUUACAUCGUAAACCUUAACUCCCAAGGUCUCUCCUGUUUCGAUUGGCAACAAGAAGAAGGAUGGCUUUGGCAUACCUAAUACACAUGCCCCUUCCCAAUCUUGUGGUAACUCCGAAUAAGUUUUCUUACCACAGAUCCAGUAUAAAUUUGCUGGGGCUUUCCAACUAGAUGUAGCCGAUAAGUCAAACCAUACCUCCUUUAAAUGAGUGUAAUUGGCAAACGGAUUAGUAGGUUCCGAGACAUUUGAAGCUGACCACCAAGUAGUAUUUUUAGUAUUAACAUUAUAGGCUUUUUGUCCCAAGCACGUUAGCUCACCUACAGACGUGUUAUACAUUGUCCCUUUCUUGGCUAUACAAACAUGACCUAUAAUGGAGGUUUUUAACCACCAUUCCAAUUUACUUCUAGUACUUACUUGAUGAUCAGACUGGAAAGGUAUCUGUUGUUCAUAUGUCUCAGAGCCAGGGUACCAUAUUUCCUUUGCCUCCCAUGGCCACUGGUCUCCCAUAUUAGUACCUCCACACACAUAGCAAUUAGUUACAUUAAGACUACCUGCAAUACCCUCAGCCAAAUCAAUAAAUAGGUUGUUAACAUUAUGGGGAAUUUUAUCCUCAGUACUCAUCUCCUCAUAAAAGGAAUGAGAAACCUGAUGAGUUUGAGUUGCCACUGUCUCAAUUUCAAGACCUACAUAUAUUAUUGUUCCUGAAUCUACUCCUGUGCCAUAUAUUUGAAACCCAAACAGACCUCCAAACCUGUCAAUAAAGUACUGCAGAUUGGAAAUGGUCAUGUGAACGGGGUUACACACAUAGUUUUACAGUAUGGUGUGGUAGGCAACCUUUGGAUAAUCAUAUCUUGAUCCACUGUUUUUCCCAGGUUGCCCAACCUACACAUGACAAAUAGGGGCAGAAGUUAGUCUCUAUUUGGGCAAUCAGGAUCAGUAGAUCUUAUACUGGGACAUAAGUAUUUAUCAUUAAACCCAUAAGUUCGUUCCCAUUUAAGAUUACCACAUACAUUCCAAAGUCUUCCACUACCCGAAAUCGCCUUACAUGCAUCAAAUAGUAGAAUACCCGUGGAAUGUAUGGUGCUUAUCACAGUCCUAUUUAGUAAUGUCCCCUGGGAGUUACUAUUCCGAAUUACCAACCAAAUUGUACGGGGUUGGAAAUGGGGAUCAAAACAUUUAGACUCUCCUGAUAUUGGCUUGCACACACUAUAAUCAAUAUCCAAAUAUCUACAUUUAGAUACAGAUCCCUUACAUUCAUACUGUGAGUGCCAGAUGAGAGUUUGGGAUAUUUGGUUACCUGUUUUAGUAGUCUUAAUGCAACUAUCGCAAUUCGGUAUGUCUGUACUCCUACCUUCCUGAAAAAUCAUAAAAAUACUAAGACACAAUAAAACACAUUAUUCCUGAAAUCCUCAUUUUUCUUCGACCGUGCGAUGGCCUCUCAGCUUCCCGAUUGUGAGGGCUGCAAGGAUGUUGUUCUUCUGAUCCUCACUUUCCUUCACAGAGAUCCCUUCAAGAUACUCUGGCUAUGACACGUAGGCAGGUGGUCAGGCUUUAUUAUGGCCGUCAAAACACCUACUUGAUGAUCUUUGUAGACUUUUAAUUAGAAUGUCUCGAUAUCCCCUCGUCACUCCGACUAAGUUGCACGCUUCAACCGGGUCCUGCAAGGAUUCUCAGGAUCUGGAGUAGCUUGCCAAGAGUCUGCUGCUGGUUUAACCUUAGAAUGAUGAAUCCAAGGAGUCACUUCCGCCACCUUUACAGCUGUUGGGGUAGAUAAAAGAACAACAUACAAAGGCUAACAGGAUACACCCCGAGCUUUAACUCAAUAUGUAUUGGUGGGAUAUUACGAGCAAGUCCUGGAGGAUUAUUUUCUUCCCAUACUCCUGGAAUGUCAAAUAAGGAUUCAUCACUCUUAGGGUUAACACUUGUCACUAUGGAAUAGAAGCGUCAUUCUUCUUCCCUUGGCACCGAUAUCACCAUUAUGCCUGGUAAUCCCUUAAACUUCAGAGAUGUUAAUCCAUUAGGUAAAAGGUUAUCUGAGCUUAAAGCUUCGAUAAUAGAUCUCGUCCUAAAAGUUGAAUCGGACACUCUGGCAUAUAUAGGAACUAAUGCUUCACCACAUGGCCUCCCAGAAUACAAGUGCGACUCUUAAGAACCGGUCUAGCUGCACUUCUCCCAGUAGCUCCUAUCACAGUUAUAGUCUUCCCCGAAGGCGGAGCCACCAUCUUAGUCACCACAGAAUGUUCAGCACCUGUGUCGAUCAUGAAAGAACUUCUCUUUCCCCCUAUUGCUACAUCGACCAUAGGCUCCGCUCGACCAAGUGGGAUGGAGCCCAGUCGGUAUCAAUAGUCUUCCAUGAUAGUGUCAGCCAGACCCACAAAAUCUCUAUCCUCUCUUUCUCUAGGUCUCUGCGUGGGUGGAUUGUAUCUGUCUCCUUGAACACUUCCUCUACUAUUCCCAUCAUUCCCUCUAAAACUUCCUCUUACUCUAUAACUACCACUAUAACCUCCUCGUACCCUUCUCUCUCCUUGUCUAUCACCUUCAUACUACUCUCUCUGUGGACACUCACUCUUCCAAUGUCCCUCCUUUCUACAAUACGCACAUUAAUUCCUACUUAAAGUCCCUUGCUCAGCCUAUUCUCGUCUCCUCUAUUCACUUCCCUGUCUUUCUACACUUAAGAUAGCUACCGCUAGCAUAUCUGCCUUUUUCCUCAUUUUACGCUCUUCCUCCAUCUCCCUAUUCAUAUAUACUGUAUUUGCAAUCUCCAUUAGCUGUAUUAUGGACAUCCCUACAAAUCCCUCUAAUUUCUGUAAUUUCCUUUUACUAUCACCUUGGGCCUGGCUGACAAAUGCUGAGUCUAUCAUUCGGAAGUUUUCAGGGGCCUCUGGAUUAAAGGGAGUAUACAACCUAUUUGACUCAAGCAGUGUCUAAUAUGGGACUUCGGCAAGGCUGCCCAAUAAUAGGUUCCAGUCUAGGAUUAGUAAAAUAGGUGAAAGGGGGUGAGCUAAUUUUAUUAGUCAGCAUUUGGUGGAUGAAAAAACGUUUUUUUUAAAGUGUUAAACCAAAAACCUACCAGUAGGUGUCACCAGAGGGUAAUUGUAUCAAAAUAAUCUUUAUGGGUCUAAUAAGAAAACUCAACUUUUAAUAUAUUUAUACAUAAAAUAAAACCUUAUAGCAAUAAAUAUAUUAAAAUAGGGUAAGCAAUCCUACAUCUAUCUGUUAUAAACAAUGUAUUAUCAAUGUAACUCCCGAAGAUGGCCAGUAGGUGGCCUAGAGUGCCUCCCUAAAGUCAAAUGAAACAAAUAAACUUUAAUUAAUUAUGUCCUAUUUUAUUAUUACUUAUUUUAAUCAAUGUCCACCCUGCUAGCUAGGCUUGAUUAAAUCUUUAGUUCUAAGGUAAAUUAAACAUUUCAGUUUGUAGUUUAGUAAAAGGGGACAUUUUGGACAAAGCUGGGAGGGGCCCAUCCAGUAACUAAAAAAAACCAUAUACCAUCUGAUACCAUUGAUCAUUGAUUAGGGGGAGGGGUAGUACAGAAAUACAAGAGUUUGAAACACAGGAACAGAUAGGUAUGUGGGUAGGCGGGGACAGUAGAGCAGGGGAGUGCAAAUACUGAUUAUACCAGCCAGAAAUGGGCGUGGCUAAUCUGGCUCUGGAGGAUGUUUGGGGGGUUGGUAAUCAGAUGCCAGGGGGGAGGGGAUGUCCAAAGCAGUUGUAAUUAAGUCCUUAGUUCUGACCACCAUAUGGCUACAUUGUUUCUCAUAUGACACAGUUUAAUUCACCAAGGCAGUUUUUCAACAAAUCAGUUUCCAACAGUCAAUAUAUAGAAACUGAUCAUAGAAUUCCAGCCUACUAGUUACAGCCACAUGUACACCCUGCACUAAAUUUAAGUGAAGACUCCCUACUUUUUUUUUUUUUUUUUUUUAAACAUACAAGACAAAGACUUGUGAAUCAGAAGAUUAUUUCAACAGAGCAUCUGAUUCAAAAAGCUGUACAAAUAUACACACAGUUUCAACAGUCACAACAAUCUCCUUAUCACCAGCAACACAUUGCGCAGUCACUAGGCCCAAACACACACACAGGAUCCUCACAUGCUCAACAAUAUCACGACGUCGCACACACAAAAUUAAAUCAAAAACCCACCAAAGACUAUACACUUAUCAAUGUAACUAUUAUUCAAACCAUACAACUAUCCACGCUAUUAAUCCAUAUAAACUAACCGAUCACAUAACAUUUCAACAAAUUUCAUCUCUACAAUUAUCUGUACUAUAAAUCAACUUUUGACUAACCAACUAUAUCACAUUCUAGUAACCUCAUCUUUACAGUCAGUGGUUAUGGUACAGUUAGUAAGUGGUUAUAAUACAGUUUUAAAGUCACAGAUCAGUUAGUAACAGUUAUGGUAUUAUACAUAUAACAUAAAACAGCAAUUGUUAGUAAUUUUUACACAAUGUCAGUAGUUAUGGUACCGUGCGCUAUUUUACAGUUAUACACACAAUUUACACUCCCACUAGACAGCAGAGCUCUAACUUUCUAGUAGGACAUACAAGUUAACCAAUUCACCAACUACAAUAUAUUUAACAACAUUUACAAUAAUCCCAACUAUUCUAACUGGCCAGCACCUCGAGAGCUUUCGAUCUAUUUAUACACCAGAGAUUCGAUAAGUUCUUCGCUGCCCAGACACCACGUAUAGCGAACUAGAGGGCAGAAUUUACACAGUACCCAGCUAGUCUAUUAAACUAUCAAUAAGCUAGUGGCUGGAUUUACAACAGAGCACACUUAGUUAAGAUAGGGUGAAAUCUAGCAAACUAUAAUAUACAACAGAGUAUGCUAGUCUCCCGGUCCCCCCGACCUAGCGAACAAAAUUUACACCCUAGAUACGCUAGUCAAGACAGGACACCGGUGUCCGACAUGAGCUAUUUACACCAGAACUCAGUCUGACCCAAACCACCUAUAUUAGACGGGCUGACUACAGAGCGUCUAAUUUCCAGAUAAGUGUUGCGCUUUUCACUUCUUCCUUCUAUUGAAGGGGCCAAUACCAAUAACCGGUUCCAAAUAUAAAACCCCUUGUGGGUCUACCGCUCUAACGGUAUCAAUCUCACCUGUUAGUCCUGGACCUGGGUUCACUCAUAGACGGAACAAUCCGGGACUCACUGCGCAGAAGCCGAUGAUCUCCUGGACAAAAGGCCAGUGGCGCCGAGACGAAAGGAGGUCCACGCAGUAGAAGUCCAGGAUUGUAGCGUAGAAGGUUUGGUAAAAGUUUACCGUCUCAAAUCUCUGUGCCAGCUUCCGUGCGAUGAGGUUCCCGGCCCAAUUGCACCAGAAAUGUUGCAGUGUAAGCAUGCAGAAGCCAAACACAGAAAUAUUGGACACAGGUCUUCAGGAAGUAACAGGCCUUUAUUCACAUUACCGAUCGGGUCUCAGAUGAACUCCUGUUCCAAAGGAUCUGAGAGACCAACACAUGGUGUACAUUCCUUAUAUAGCACUAUAACUCCUCCCAUUAAUAGCUACACCCACAUAUACCUUUAACCAAUCAAUGAGCAGAAUAUAGACUUGUACAUCUAGUCAAACCACAUGGCUCAUCCAAGACAAAGGAAAUAAGUGCAAUUUCAGUUCCUGCAUUCCUGCACAUGCUCAGUACACUGAUGACAGUAUCCUAGCUACAUGUAGCUAACCAACUGACACAACAUACACAUAUGCCACAUGGAGAUUUUGGCCUACUAAAUUUUGACCAUGCUGGAAUCCCAUCACAUUUCCUUUAACUCCGAAUUAAAAUAAGACUAUCCUGCUCAUGCUUGUUAAGUUAUGGCACAACUCCCGGGAUUGUGAAGUGGACAUAAGUGUUUUCAUACUUCACUCUGCACACCUCAACCCAUUAACCGCUUCAGAGUGUAAACCGGGUGAGGUAAAAACAGAACUGUGGCAAAAAGGUGACCUUUCGAUUUAAAGAGUUCAAUAGAACCGGGAAUUCUUGGAAACAAAUGUGCUCUUGUAUCAUAAAUCACUUUUUAUUAAAUCCUUUGAACAGUGUAAUAUUAGAGGGACACUCUCACCCCAUAGCUGCUUUAAUAUGACUUCUGCAGCCUCAUUUUAAGUUUUUUGCUCUGUAGUGCAGUAGAUGCCCAUUAUGGGGGGGAAACGGUACACGCCAAAUGUUUCACCUGCUGAAGGUAAGAAGGCGUUGUAAACUCCUGUCCCCAUAACAAUGCAAAUGUGCUUAAGUUGUUAUGGUGGAAGGAAUGUUCCCUUACAAAUAAACAUUUCUAAUUAUAAUAUUCCUUAGUAUCCAUUUCUCUGUGAUCCAAUCCAGUCCUUCUCAUACAAUUGAAAUUUAAUGUCUUUCUAUGGGAGCGUUUGGCAGCAUCACGCUAUGCUAAAUUAUUUAGAAUUUUUACCAAGAAGGACCUUUCGCAGCUGUCAGUCUCACAAUUAGUUGAGACGUGGAUAUAGCAAAAUGUAAAGAUUGCUGUUUUACUGAAAUGGCAGUAUUUAAAAUUUCUAGAGAUAAGCGGCAGGGUCUGUUGACCAAAACCACCUCAAUAAGCUGAAGUUGUUUUGGUGCUUAGUGUGACCCUUUUUUACCUCAGGGAAAAAUAUACCUUAUUCUUUCAAAUAAAAAAAAAAACAGACUGAUGGAGGUAGUUAGAAAUGUUAUAUUUAGUAUUUUAUGUGUGCAAGCAGUACUAUGAAAGACAGCACUGAAACUGCGCCUCAUACACCUGAUGUCACUCAUGUUUACAGUGACUGACAAAUAUUUUGUAUGGAAGACGUGUGGCUGAAAAUUGCUGUUGCUGAGUGAAUAGAAUAGAAAUAUUACAGGGAAAUUAAAGGUGAGGGAGCUCAACAAAAUAAAUGCUGAUAAUCGUAUUCCUUUAAGGAACACUUUACGCACCAUAACCAUUUAAUCAAAAUGAAGUUGUUAUGGUGCCAAGAUGGCUGCCACCUUCCUCUACUGCCAUUGGUUAGCCACCCAUAUUUAGUUUUCAGGGCUUAUUGUCAAAAUAUGCAUCCCUAGUCUGAAACAGCUGCCCCGUGAACUUCGUAUCGUGGGUAUAGAUCCCUGAAAUGGCUAGGGCAGGCUCCUGUAAUCACAUUUCACAAGUGAUGGUAUGUGCUGGAGACAUUUACACGUUGUACAAGAGACGAAGAAGAAAUUGGAUUAAAGGUUAUUUUUACAUAGAAAAUAACGCAUAUCUGCACAUGUGGGUGGUGUAUUAUUUUAAAAUGCUGACUGCAGAGAGGUAAAAGCUAGGAACAGAGAAGCAUUUGCUUGUAUUUUACAACCAGCACCUUAUAACUAUGGUAUUCUUACAUUUUAUUUUUUGCAAGACUUGCUACUGUUCUAGGUGGCACCACAUGUGUAAAAAUGAUAGAAAUUCGAGCUUUAGUACAGUGAUUUGACUUGCUGGCUUUCAGCACUCGUUCAGGUUAAGUACACCCAUAUCUCUGUUCUCCUGUGGGUUCUAAGGAUGGAACCCGUGGCCAGCGAUGCAAACUUUGGCCCUGCAGAUCACAUUAGCCUAAGCUCUGGUGAAGCAACCUGGGAACUGUGGUCCCCAUCAACUACAGAGUUCUUAUGAUUCUAAUUCUUGUAGUUGAUAAUUAUCUAAUUGUAGGAGAGGAAAUGACUUUGGAGAGGGAGAAAAGCACAUGCUGCUAGUUAACUAGGUUAAUCAUUACUUUUGCUUUUAUUUAACCCUUUUAAGUGGUUCUAGUGUUCAAUAUUAAACGCAGGGUCUGAAAUCCUUCCAAACAAUACAAUUUUAAUAUUUCCUUACAUCUGAAAGCGGUGAUUAAAAUUUAGAUACAAUUUGUCAAAUCUGCUGCCUUUUGUGUUUGGGAGGCCCCAAUAAUACUCUUAGGGAUGUAAGCUUCUCACAAAAUGCCAGUACAUUGUAAAAUUAAUAUCUUUAUGUUGGCAUUAAUUCAUUGGGGUCUGGCACACCUAACUAGAGUGUCUCGUGUUGUAAGACAGGAAGAUCGAACAUUCUAUCUCAUGAAUAAUUGGCAGCAAGUGUUACAUUUUAUAACAAUCUGAGAUUUUACCAAUUGUUAUAAAACUAUAACUCCUAUAAUGCUUUGCCAACAUUAUUGCAUUUGAGUCUAAGACUGGUUACCCUUAGUUAGAGAUCCCACCUUUUUUUUUUUUUCAUUUAUCUAAAUUGCCAUUAUUUUAUCAUCCCUUCCACACCCAUCUCGGGAAUACCAUCUGCAUGACCGUGUCAUCGACAAGUCAGAUUUUCCCCUGUGCAGUGUCAUGUCGAAGGGCAUGUUAAAGAAUGGCGUGAUCCUCUUCUUGCUGAGUCACUACCUCCUCCUCCCCGGCUGGAAUUUGCUCUCUGCUGGGUUCAUGUAUGUAAGAAUGACACCACGAAAAACUAGAUUCCUGUGAGGAUGGGGGGGGGGGAUUUGGGUGUUGAUUAACUCGUGAUCUACUGCGCCAUCACGCUCUAAAUGCAAUCCAUUAUGGCGAGAAUUUGCUCUUUCUUCCCUCGUGCGGCUAAGGGUUUCUGAAGAAAUCCAUUUUCAGUCAAAUCACUCUACCUCUGCCAUAGAGCUAUCCUAAAAAUAAUUCUGUCCUGCAGAGAUGUCAAGUGUAUAGCCUGAACGAGUGCAGGGUAGAUGGUUCAAGUAAAUGUGUCUAAAAGCGUCAUGUCCAUAGGUAUUCGUUCCAAAUAGGGUCGUGGUUUAUACUUUUUUUAAAAAGACUAUGGGGCACUUUAAGAAUUAAAAUGGUUAUGGUGUCCUUGUAGACCAUUAUCAAGAAAGAUGGAGUAUUUUUGUGUCUUUUUGCCUCUCUUUGGUUAACAUACAGAAGUCAUAAGAAGAUUAUUCCCCUUGUUAGAGCCGAUUUAGUCACCAGUAGUAUCUUCUUUAAAUACAAAAUUCUAGCGUUCAUUUUAGAAGAACUUGUUAGUGUUAUGGCUUGUUGAUAUGGAAUUCAGAGCAGUUCCUGAUUGUACAUUUCAAUGUGAACGCUAUUGAUAGUAACUCUUCAAACUCUGUAGUGGUUAUUGUAUCAGGAGUUCCCUGACACCCUCCCACAGUAAGUAGUUAAACCAUUGUAAGUACGGUUUGACAACUUACCCAGGUUCCCUUGCACACCUGUCACCUCUACCCCGCCCCAGUGAAGCUAAUGGUAAGAUUUUUGCAGGGGUUUCUAGCAGCGGACCCAAGCAAGCUGUAGUGGUUAUGGUAUUUGUAGUAUUCCUUUAACUCCAAUAACAAUUUCCACAGCUCGUGAGGUGUGUUAUGUUUUGUUUUAAUUUUUGGGCUUGGUUUAUUAAUUUUUUAUUUAUUUUUUUUAAAUUUUUUACCGCACCAGUACACCAAAACCACUACAUUAGAAUGUAGCUGUGGUGUUUUAUUUAUUUGUAUUUUUUUUAAAUUUUAUAUAUAUUUUUUUUAGAGGGGUUUAAUGCUUAGUAUCCCUUUAGGGAUAGAAAGGACUGUUUAGGCCCCAAAAACUAGGAACAGAUCUCUGAAGCUGCUGAUCUUUAGGAGAGUCAUAUGAAAUAGGUACCUUUUAACACUUUCCUUACCAACAUGGUCCUGUUGCAUUCUUCAAAAUAUGUUCCUGUUUUGCCAAGAAUGCUAUCGAUGCAAUCUUCAGUUUCAGCAAAGAUCACUUCCCUCUUUCAUUAGAAAGAAGUGCUCAUUGUCAAUAAAAUGUUUUUAGCAUUUAAAAAAAAAAUAAAAAAAAUUGCCAGUACAUUUUAACGUUUUUAAAAAGCAAAAAAACCCUUUACUAUAUGUGUGUGUGGCUGUGCAAAAAUAUUGUAUGUGGCCUGUAGACUUCUGGUUUGCUAUGGUAAGUCUCUCCCCCACUGUAUUCCGGUGACUCCAUUUAUUUAUGGUGCACUGUCAUCAAAGAUGGACUUAAAGGGACUUCCUGUUCUGUGUGUCUGUCUCGUACGCUGAAGCCCUGCUUCCUUUAUGUUGUGUCCCUGUCUGCAGACCUAUCGCAGCCAUAGAUCCAGCAAAAAUCCAGAACCUUGUUUUAAAUCUCUUUACAAGUAGAUGUGGAACUGAUCGUCAAGUAACUUAAGGUAAUUUAAGUGGUACUCCAAGCACCAUAACAAUGAUGGCCUCGAUUUAAUAUUCUUGGAAAUGCUUUUCAAAUAAUUUAACCCCUGAAGGACACAACUUCUGGAAUAAAAGGGAAUCAUGAUGGAAUAUUUCCGUCAUGUGUCAUUAAGGGGUUAAUAUUUGUGUUUCACCUCCCCCCCCCCCAAAUAAAUAAUAAAAAGAUAAUAUAUCUCCAAAACAAUCAAAAUAUACAUUGUUAUUUUUAAUUUUUUUUCAAAUUUAAUUUUAAUAAAUAAAAGUUGAUCCACAAAUAUUAAAUGGAGGCCUCUUGUGUAAGUUAUAAUAGGUUUUUAUUCUUUAACAGUCACAAACACAACCGUUUAUUAGUCUGUCCUAUUGGUCAGACUCCUCUGACCAUAUAAGUGUGCACACAAUAUUUGGGGGAAUGCUAUUUAAAGGAUCACUAUAGUGUCAGGAAAACAAAGUGGUUUUCCUGACCCUAUAGUGCCCUGAGGGUGCCCCCACCCUCAGGGUCCCCCUCCUGUGGUGCUGAAGGGGUUACAACCCCUUCAGCAGCUUACCUUAAUACAGCGCCGGGCUCCCUCGUCAGCAGAGCCGAAUGCGCAUGCGCAGCAAGUGACGUGCGCGCAUUCAAAGUGUCCAAAGGAGAGCAUUUCUCAAUGCUUUCCUACGGACACUCUGCGCGAUGGAGACGAAAUGUGCCUCCAGCGUUCCAGAUGCGCCUCUAAUGGCUGUGCAGAAACUCUGAAACUAUGUUUGCAUCUGAAGGGUUAAACCUGAGGGACCUGGCACCCAGACCACUUCAUUGAGCUGAAGUGGUCUGGGUGACUAUAGCGUCUCUUUAAGUCUCCGACUCCUCUCCAGUUGAGAUUUGGAGCUGUGUCAAUCGCAAAUGCUGUGCAAAGCACCAUUCUCAAAAUCUAUUCGUACAGUCAAUAAACAACCGCUUAUUUGUUGCUCAUCCUGUCUGACGAAAAGAUUUGCUCUCUCAUACUAUCUCAUGAUUAGACUGGUUGCCAGAGGCUGCUAUAUAUCCCACAAGCCCAUGAAUGAAUACGGAAAGGUAUGGUCUUGUGAAAAGAAGGCAUGCCAAUAAUGGAUGGUUGGGGUAACCUGAAAAGUGUCUGUCUGAGCCCAGUGCCAGUAAUUUGGAAAUACAUUCUAGAACAUCAAACAUCUCACCUUUACUGUACCCCAAUAUUACACUCUCUGUAUUGUCCUCUCCACAAUAGCCAUCUGUCUAUUUGGUCCUCCUGUAUUCUAGAUCACUGGUUUCCAGUUUACAAGUUCACAUUUUUUUCCAAUAAUUUAGGAAUUGGCCAGUUCCAGUUGCAGUGGGGAUGAAACCUAAACCAUUGUUGUAUUCCACAUUACCUGGCAUUCUUUGUUCCUGUUGCUCUAAUUUAUUUAUUUUCUUUCUCCCAGAUUUCGAAGCAGGAGGAGUUUUUCAACCUCUCUCGUUGCCAACUGGUGAAUUUAAUUAGCCGGGACGAACUGAAUGUGCGCUGUGAAUCUGAGGUCUUCCAUGCCUGUAUAAACUGGGUGAAAUACGACUGUGAAAAUCGGCGACCUUAUAUCCAGGCGCUCUUACGGGCUGUGCGCUGUCACUCGCUCACACCCCACUUUCUGCAGCUGCAACUCCAGCGCUGUGAGAUCCUGCGAGGUGACUCCCUCUGCCAGGACUACCUCUCUAAAAUCUUCCAGGACCUCACUCUUCACAAGCCCACCAUGUCCCAACAAGGAAGGAUUCCCAAUAUUCCUCAAUUCAUAUAUGUGGCUGGAGGAUAUUACCGUCAAUCUCUUAAUUUUCUAGAGGCCUAUAACCCAGUGGACGGCGAGUGGCUCAGUUUGGCUCCCCUGGAAAAACCCCGUAGUGGUCUGGCUGGCUGUGUGUUAGGAGGGCUUUUAUAUGCUGUAGGAGGACGCAAUAAUGCCCCGGACUGCAACAGAGACUCAGACGCUCUUGAUUGCUACAACCCAAUGAAUAACCAGUGGUCACCUUGCGCUGCUAUGAGUGUGCCCAGGAACCGGGUAGGAGCUGGCGUCAUAGAUGGGCAAAUCUACGCAGUGGGUGGAUCUCAUGGCUGUUUACAUCACAACAGUGUGGAAAGGUGGGUACAGCCUCUGUUGAGGUGGAGUGUUUUUUUUAUUGGCCAAUGUGUGAUAUACUUUUACUACAUACAUGUAUAGAUAAUGAUAUUUCAGUGCUAUAUAGAAUAUUUCAUGUUAUUAGAGGUGUUUGAAUUAAAGGGAACUGUGAUGGAUUAAUUUCCUGAAUAGAUGAUGUGCUCUCUGUUGUCUGUAGGCAAAAUUAAAGGGACCCUAUAGGCACCAAAACAAAUUUUAGCUUAACCACUUAAGGACCGUCAUCAGCAUUUUUGCAUUGCCAACCGAUGACGGUCCUAACGGUCCAAUAUACUUACCCGAUCGCCGUCGUUCCCCCAGCGGCGAUUGGCGGUGCUCCCGGUGUCUCCCCAUGGCGGAUUAGGACACUUGUGGCCAUGUGAUCGCACAACAGAGCGAUCACAUGGUCACAAUAGGUGUCCAUGUGUAUGCCUGCAGGGUGACUGUCUGUGCUGACAGGCAGUCUCCCUGCUAGUGUAAAAUCAUUUUAAAAAAAAAUAAAUAAAAGUUAAUGUAAAAAAAAAAAGUGUGUAUAUGUGUAUAUGUGUGUAUAUAUGUGUAUAUAUAUAUAUAUAUAUAUAUAUAUAUAUAUAUAUAUAUAUAUAUAUAUAUAUAUAUAUAUACACAAAUAAUAAGUAGAUUAAAUUUAAUAAUUUAAAAACAAUUAUAUAUCUAUAUGAAAUUUUAUUCUAACUUUAUUUUGAUAUUAAAAUUAUAUCUGAGGAAGACCUGAACGGAUCGAAACGUUGAUCAAACAACCUGUAAACCUUUGAUGGAUUAAAGACUGUUAAUAUUCUUAAAAAGACCGGAGAGUGCAUCUUUCUUCAAUAUAAUGAUUUAUCAGCAUAAGAUUGCACCAGGGCACUUUACUAUUCAGUACAUCAGGAAGGGUGAGUGCCAUUAUAUGAGAGUGCCAUUAUAUGAGAUAUAUAUAUAUAUAUAUAUAUAUAUAUAUAUAUAUAUUCCAUAUACAAAAUUACAUAAAUAAUUAUAUAAAUAUACACGUAGACUUCAAAUAUAUAAAUAUGCAUAUAUAUUUAAAUUCUACGUGCGUAUUUGUCAUAUUUUUACAUAAUUAAGUAAUUUUAUUAAUUGCAAUUUUAGGGACCUGCCUGCCAACCCAGGCCGAAGUCCAGAUAAUUUAAUUUGCUAGCACUGUAUUUUACCCUGUAACUUUCUAUGACACCCUAAAACCUGUACAUGGGGGGUACCGUUUUACUUGGGAGACUUCGCUGAACACAAAUAUUAGUGUUUCAAAACAGUAAAACCUAUCACAGCGAUGAUAUUGUCAGUGAAAGUGACUUUUUUUGCGUUUUUCACACACAAACCGCCCUUUUACUGAUGAUAUAAUUGUUGUGAUACGUUUUCCUGUUUUGAAACCCUAAUAUUUGUGUUCAGCAAAGUCUCCCGAGUAUAACAUUCCCCCCCAUGUACAGAUUUUAUAGCGUUUUGAGAGUUACAGGGUCAAAUAUUUUUACAUUGAAAAUGGCCAGGUUGGUUACGUUGCCUUUGAGAGCGUAUGGUAGCCCAGGAAUGAGAAUUACCCCCAUGAUGGCAUGCCAUUUGCAAAAGAAGACAAACCAAGGUAUUGCAAAUGGGGUAUGUCCAGUCUUUUUUAGUAGCCACUUGGUCACAAACACUGGCCAAAGUUAGUGUUAAAACUCGUUUUCUUGACACUAUAUCAUCCUUAGAACCCCUCCCCCCUCCCUUGGCGCUGAAGGGGUUAAAACCCCUUCAGCUAUUUACCUUAAUCGCUGACGGCGGCAGGGGAGGAGAAGUCACCAGCGCUGAGAGAGCCCGGAUCUGGUGACCUCUCCACCCCCGCCGAAGUCAGCUCCUGUGGCAUUCGCGCGUGCCUUCAAACAGAAAUGCUUUCCUAUGGACGAUCUGCACGCUUGAUUAAUUUUUUUGCACCCAGCGUCGCAGAAGUGCCUCUGAAACUAUGUUUACAUCUGAAGGGUUAAAACCUGGGGUCCUGGCACCCAGACCACUUCAUUGAGCUGAAGUGGUCUGGGUGACUGUAGUGUCCCUUUAAAUUAAAUUUGCUACAUUUUUAUUGUACAAAGGAAGUAUCAAGUGAAAUAAAGGUUAACAGCAAUUAUAGGUGAUUUUCAAUGUUCUAUUCAGAGGUGGAAUUUCCAGAGAGCUGACAUUUACCCUUUAACUGUAAACAUUUAAAGGGACACUAUAGUCACCUGAACAACUUUAGCUUAAUGAAGCAGUUUUGGUGUAUAGAACAUGCUCCUGCAGCCUCACUGCUCAAUCCUCUGCCAUUUAGGAGAUAAAUCCCUUUGUUUAUGAACCCUAGUCACACCUCCCUGCAUGUGACUUGCACAGCCUUCCAUAAACACUUCCUGUAAAGAGAGCCUUAUUUAGGCUUUCUUUAUUGCAUGUUCUGUUUAAUUAAGAUUUACUUAUCCCCUGCUAUAUUAAUAGCUUGCUAGACCCUGCAAGAGCCUCCUGUAUGUGAUUAAAGUUCAAUUUAGAGAUUGAGAUCCAAUUAUUUAAGGUAAAUUACAUCUGUUUGAAAGUGAAACCAGUUUUUUUUUUUUUUUUUCAUGCAGGCUCUGUCAAUCAUAGCCAGGGGAGGUGUGGCUAGGGCCACAUAAACAGAAACAACGUGAUUUAACUCCUAAAUGGAAGUGAAAUUGCAGGGGAAUAAUCUAUACACUAAAACUGCUUUAUUUAGCUAAAGUAAUUUAGGUGACUAUAGUGUUCCUUUAAUAUCCUCUUACUAAUUCUUUCCCAAUCUCUUUUGGUACUGAAGUUAUUUAAGUGAGUGAGACUAAACUCCGUAACUAAUUGGUGGUUUAUUUGUUUUUUAAUCUCCCUCCAAGUAGGGGUUCUAAUUGCCUCCACCUGCGUGCUAUGACAAUUUGUAACUGCAACCAAACAAUUAGUUACAAAAAAUGUAUCUAUUUUAGUUAAAUUUGGCCAAUUUAGGUGGAGGAGAGCUACUGUGGGUGACCUUAUAAGUCUAGGAACAUCUAUUUGUGCAAGGCCUUCAAAUAUUUUAUUCCAAACUGCUAGAAUCAAUACCAAUCAAUGCUUUCCUAUGGACGUCACCGUCUUCUCACUGUGAAAAUCACAGUGAGAAUCGCGGAAGCGCCUCUAGCGGCUGUCAAUGAGACGACCACUAGAGGCUGAAUUAACCCUGUUGUAAACAUAGCAGUUUCUCUGAAACUGCUAUGUUUACAGCUGCAGGGUUAAGCCUAGAUGGACCUGGCACCCAGACCACUUUAAUGAGCUGAAGUGGUCUGGAUGCCUAUAGUGGUCCUUUAACCAAAGGAGAAUCCGGCCGGGUUUUGAAGGCUACUAACAGAGCAGGAAAUGAGAAAAUCUAAAUUAAAUUAAACAGUCUGUGCAAUAAAGAAAGUGUAAAAAUUAGAACACCGGAAGUGUUUCGGAAGGCUGUGCAAAGAGUUGUGGGGCUGUAUAAGUAAUUUAACUCCCAAAUGGCAGCAGUGCGACUGCAGGGACAUGACCUAUAUACCAAAACUGCUUCAUUAAGCUAAAGUUGAUUUAGUGUUUAUAUUGUCCCUUUAAAUAAUAUUUGUUAUCAGUGAUUUACAUCACUGAUUAUUAGGGAUCGACCGAUAUUGAUUUAAAAAAAAAAAAAAAAAAUUUUUUUAGAGCCGAUACCGAUAAUCUGUCACCUUUCAGGCCGAUAGCCGAUAACUUGCUGAUAUUCAGUACAUUUACCAUUUGGAAAAAAAAAACUAUUUCUAAAGGUAAAUGCACAAAAUAAACAUGCCACAUGUAGUGGAUGCAGUGUGUGUGUGUGUGUAUAUAAUGAAUGCAGGGUUUAUUUGUGUAGUGUGUGUGUGUGUGUAUAUAGUGUAUGUAGUGUGUGUGUGUGUGUGUGUGUGUAGAGUGAUUAAAGUUAAUGCAGUGUGUUUGUGUGUAUAUAAUGAAUGCAGUGUGUUUGUUGUGUUUGUAUAGUGUGUGUGUGUGUGUGUAUAUAAUGAAUGCAGGGUUUAUUUGUGUAGUGUGUGUGUGUGUGUAUAUAGUGUAUGUAGUGUGUGUGUGUGUGUGUGUGUGUGUAGAGUGAUUAAAGUUAAUGCAGUGUGUUUGUGUGUAUAUAAUGAAUGCAGUGUGUUUGUUGUGUUUGUAUAGUGUGUGUGUGUGUGUGUAUAUAACGAAUGCAGAGUGUGUGUGUGUAUAUAAUGCAGAGUGUGUUUGUGUAGUGUGUGUGUGUAUAUAUGUGUGUGUAUGUAUGUGUGUGUAUAUGUAUAUGUGUAUAUAUAUAUAUAUAUAUAUAUAUAUAAAAAAAUUUAGUCUUCCUUAUUUCCACUUGUUACCUGGCCAGGGAGGUGGGGGGGGCUGUGGCAUUCCCAGGUGGUCCAGUGGUAUGUACUGAGCAGUGGGAGGGCCCAGCAGCAAGCUGUUACUUGCCUCCCUUCAGCUCCCAUGUCAAAUCUCGCGUCCCUUAGUGCCGCACGGAGCAUUGCUAUGGUAACCCGUGGCAACGCUCUGCAGCCGCGGGUCUUGCGAGAUUUACACGGGGAGCUGCUGGGAAGGUAACAGCUUGCUGCGGGCCCCCCGGUAUUGGCUGAUACCGAUAUUGCCGAAACUACCCAAUAUCGGCCGAUAAUACCGGUAAAACCGAUAAUCGGUCAAACCCUACUGAUUAUUUAUAUGGACCGGUGGGACGUAAUACUUGGUACAUAGUAAAGUUAAAAUACCAUAUAUCAUUUGUUUGUUCAGCUUUUUUGUUUUAUAUAGUAUUUUGCAAGCAUCAAAUCUUUGCUAUUUUAUUUUUUAUUUCAUUUCAAAAGCUUCUAUAAACAUAAGAAAUAAACUGGACCAUUUUCUGUUUCCAUGCUGACUUAAUCUGCAUUAAGUUGUCUAAAUUUGACAUAUAUGGGUCAUACAUAUUGGAAUUUAAAAAUAACAUUGUUUAUGUGAAUGGUAAACUCUCAUUUUUAAAGUCUGUUAUUAUUUCAACUGUUUCUAAAUGAGCCAAUUUCAAUAACUGGGGCGGAAAUAAAAUAAAAAUGCAAUGGUGUUUUCUUCUACUUAUUACAAUGUUUUUGCAAUCACGGAAGAUUGUUUAUAUAUUUUUGUGAUAUGGUGUGUGUUUGUUUUGCCUCCAAUUGCUACACUGCAUUCACUGGAAAUAAAUGUUUUACAAAGAGGUGAAAAACAAUAUUUAAAUUUAAGAGCAAACAUUUAAAUGUUUCAAACUAGACACUUUUUUAUUUAUUUUUUUACCAUUGAGUUUCAGACACAGGUGGGAGUGGCGGUGGAUGUUUAUAAUGGGGAUGCAUUAGGGUUUGUAGAUGAGUUAAGUAUUUCAUUAUCAUCUCCUAAAACAUUUUAAAUAAAUUUUUUUUUUUUCAUAACUUAAAGUUGCAGUCUCCGCAUCUUUUGUAGUAGUUAUGGUGCUAUUUGGUAAAGGUCUCCCUGUUUUGGGUAAAAUGGUUUGAAGUUCUUUAAAUAAAUCCAAGGAUUGAAGAGUCCUUGCUCACCUACUGGUAAUGUGAAUAUUUUGGAGAGCAUUGAUAGGCUGAGCUGGGGGAAUGAUGCACACCGUCUAAUGGCACCAAAACCAUUAAUAUGCAAAUGCCCUUUAAAGUGAUCCGUGUCUGGGGCUUCCUGUUCAUGCUUUUAUCCGUGUCUGGCGUGCAUGGUAUCUGUGCUCUAUUGCCAACAGGAUGUUCUCCCUCAGUGCCAGUAAAACAAACUCAUAGGCUUGUACACGUGCACAGGCCUUGGGUAAACACAGAACGUGCACUGCCAGCUCUCAGGUUUGGUUUUGUAUUGACACUUUUAACAAUCGCUUAUUUGGACGCACUGCCAACCUUUCAUCACAUGGCUGCACUCUGCCAGUGACGUGAUGUUUGUGAAGGUGCUGGCACUUUUCCAGAGUGUUUAACCCCAGUUUUCAAGCAGUUAAUCUUUAAAUAACUAAUAAAAGUUUUUUUUUUUUUUUUUUUUUUAUAGAUUUAACUUUUUAGUCACAGCUGAUUAUUGUGUGAAUGUAACAUGAAGAGUUUGUCUGUCCCUCACACCCCAUCUCCCUCUCCCGAGAUUACUGCUCUGUUUUAUACCAGCAGUAUCCGUUUACUCACACACAGUGAUGUCAAUACAGCUUGGCUGUGUGUUCACUGUACAGCCUAACCCUAAAUAAUAAUAAUAAUGGUAGUUGAUUGUUCUGGAGUGAUUAUCAUAAGUUAAAUGUAUGAGCGCCUCAAAUACUGCUGUACAUGUUGUUAUGACGGUUUGGUUUUUUGGCAAUUGUAAUUCAUGUAUUGGUUUUCUAAAGUAGGAAACUCAUAAAGUGAACUACAACUCCCAGAAGCUCUUGCUGCACAUGUUAAAGCACUGCUUAUGGAAUAAAACUAGCUGUACUAUAGAAUGUGCGAUAAACAUUAGAUUGGCUUGGUUAUCUUUAUUUGGUAGCAGGUCCUGCACAAUCUAGGGGUUUGUAGAUAAUGUAAGAGCUUCCAUUGUGAGCAAGGAUUUUGUUUUAUCUAGUCACAGCAUCUGCAGGAUUAUUCACUAGCGUGUAAAUUAUUGGGAAUUCGUAUUACAUUUCACAUCUUAGAUCAAAAUCGCCAAAUUGGAAAAAUGACUCAAAAUUGGAUGUUUCCAGUUCAGCUAUUUUUGCCAAUAAUUUGAAAUUCACUUUUAAUUCACAACUCAUUCAUUAGAGAAUCUCUCUCCCCCUCUCCCCCUCCACACACCAAUACACUGUAUAAUGUGUAUUAAUUAAUUGGCAAAGUAACUGCUGAGUUUGUAUCUUUUUAGCUAUCCCUUACCUUCAACACAUUUAAAACAGAAUAGCAUGCCAUGGUACUACAGGGGAUUCUUAAAUGAAGUUAUCUCUCAAUAUUCGGGUUUACAGGAUAAAGCACAUAUAGUCCAUAUUACGUUCCCUCGUAACUCCUCUCGUGCCCACAGGUAUGACCCAGAGAAAGACGAAUGGCAACUUGUGGCCCCGAUGAAAACCCCACGGAUUGGAGUCGGUGUGGCGGUGUUAAACAGGCUUUUAUACGCGGUGGGCGGUUUCGACGGGACGAAUAGACUGAGCUCUGCUGAGUGUUAUUACCCUGAGACAGACGAGUGGAAGGACAUUGCAGCUAUGAAUGUUGUACGGAGUGGAGCAGGUGAGUCUUUUAUAUUUCUGGGAAAGCCGUUUUAGUGGUUUCUCUAUCUAUAAAUCCUUUCUUCAUUUAUUUAUUAAAAACAUCCGGUUAGUAUAAUCUUAUUUUCAAAGCACUUUGUCGCUGAUAUAAAAUAGUGUGGAUUGGAAUCUAAUGUUUGCGAAUAACCACAUCAGUGAAAAAUAUAUCACACAUACUGCAGCUAUUCAAUUAUUUACAUACCUGGCACCGAACGCUAGGUCACUACCAGAAUCCGGACAGCGGUAACUGGGAUUGUGUGUGUGUGUGUGUGUGUGUGUGUGUACAUUAAAAAUAAAUACAAAUAAGAAACAAAUUCACAGCUGUGCACAUCUAAAAAAAAAAAAAAAAAAAUGUAAACCUGAUUUGGUGUUCAUCAACCCCUUAACAUUAGACAAACACCACCUUCAUUUGUGCUAUGUCUGUUCCAACAUAAUUUAAGGUUUUCUAUUUAAAUGCCUCCAUACAAAUUAUUUUUUAUAUAUAUAUAUAUAUAUAUAUAUAUAUAUAUAUAUUUUUUUUUUUAAUUUUUUUUAUGGAAUAUCCUAUGUGUAUGCCCAUCACAAUCUUCAAUGUUGAGUGUGAAUAAAAAUGCAGGAGAAGAAACAUUUUUCAAAUUUUUGCCUAUUUUUAUACAUUAAGCUCAACUAAAGAAAAAUAACUCAAAAAAGAUUAAUGUAUCAUUCCUGUUUUGUUAAAGGACCACUAUAGUGCCAGGAAAACAUACUCGUUUUCCUGGCUCUAUAGGGGCCUUGGGUCAUCCUGUGGAACCCCGCCGGGCUCUAGGAGGAGGAAGGGGUUAAUCCCUUUUUUCCAGCACUGGGGACUCUCCUCCUCCUCCUUUCCCGUCAUCGGCUGAAUGCAUGAGUUGCGCGCGCAUUCAGACAGUCUCAUAGGAAAGCAUUCUCAAUGCUUUCCUAUGGACGCUGGCGUCUUCUCACUGUGAAAAUGAGACAGCCACUAGAGGCUGGAUUAACCCAUUUGUAAACAUAGCAGUUUCUCUGAAACUGCUAUGUUUACAGCAGAAAGGGUUAACCCUAGCUGGACCUGGCACCCAGACCACUUCAUUAAGCUGAAGUGGUCUGGGUGCCUAUAGUGAUCCUUUAAUAUCUAAAUUAAGUUUUGGUAGUUAAAUGGUCACUAUAGUAACCCAGACCACUUCAGCUCAUUGAAGCGGUCUGGGUGCAGUGUCCCUGUCCCUGUAAAUCAUUGCAGUUUUAGAGAAAUUGCAAUAAUUACCUUGCCGGACUAAGAGUGCCUCUAGUGGCUGUCAGCAAAACGGCUACUAGAGACACUUUCUGGAUGCUAACGGACACCAGGUCACCUAAAUGACUCUGGACGUAUUCACUCUCUGCAUUAGGCCAUCCAGUGUCUGUGAAAUCCCCAUGGGGAGGGCCUAAUGAACUCGCAGCGCAUGCACAUUAGCACCCCCCACCUCGGAUGCCGUUGGAGGAGACUGAGCGACGACUGACAUUGGCACUGGAAUUGGAUAAGUGACUUAUCUUUAACCCUAAAACAUCAUUAACCAUUACCCAGCAUUAACCCUUGUCUUACCUUAACCCUAAAGGUUUCUCCACUGCCAAUAUCCGUAUUGAAAACCGCAGAUGGGCUCCCUACCUAUAACAAUAGAGCAGUCUGUGACUGUUAUCUACUGGCUGUUUUUUAGGAUGACCAGGAGAUUUCCAUCUCAUGGUGAAGUCCAGCAUGCCGUCUCUGCCAAUCACACUGAUCGUUGAUGGGCAGCUUGCAAAGCCCAUCAGUGAUCACAAUCGGCAAGGCGACCCUAGGGGUCUUCCUUGUCAGCUUGCAGCCUAAGAAUCACGAGGGCAGUGCGUAAUCACUCGGCUACAGUGUUAUCAAUCAAUUUUUAAAGGGCUGUAUGCAGCGCCCACUUUAAGCACUGCAUACAACUCAUCUGUCAGUCUGGGGCCACUAAACCUGUCCCCAGGUAUCAAUGUAUACCUGGGUCUCCCUGGUGUGAGCAGGGAUUUAACCAAUUGCAUUAAAACCCAGGCUUUCUAGGAUAUAAUAGAACAUCCUAAUGUCAGUAAGGGGUUAACAUCCCCCAAGUCCUGAGAUAACUCACAUUUUAUUCGUAAUGUUACAAGUCCUAAUUCGAGAAAUGCAUAUUUGUUUCCAUAAUUAUAGAGAUGAUGAAUUCUUAGAUUCCCAGCCCGUGCUGAUGGAAAGCCCCCCACACAGCAUGAUGCUAGCACCGCCAUACGUCUUUGUAGGGAUAGUGUUUGAGUCACGAGCCGUGUUUUGCGGGGGAACAUUUUACUUCCUUCUUAUACUGGUCAAGCUACAUUCCAUUUAUGUUCUUUCGUCCGUGCUUUAGGCAAAACUGUGAAGGCACCCAGACAUCCUUAACUGUUUCAGCCCACAAUCUUUACAUGUCCUGUUACAGAAUGGCUCUAGUAAGCACCUGGCCUCACUGGUUUGUCUCAGAACUGCGUCCUGUCUUGUAAUGAAAGCAAUAAGGAACUGUUUGGACACAAUAUCUUUUAAUAUCUUACACAGGAACGGCAACUUCCUGAAUUUGCAUAAGCAAACAGCCAAGUACAGGUUAGCUAAGGGUUGUUCAUGUUCCUGUCUUUUGUCUUCUGGAGAUUUAUUCUGGGCGGUUUUGUUCUUUCUGGCAAAUCAUCAUCUUGGUCAGAAAGAUAUGAGACUGUCUCCUACGAUACCGAUUCACCUGAGGAGUCAAUCUUGGUGGGUGUUUGAGUCCUCCGAGUUCUAGGAGGAAAAAACUCUUUCUUUUUAACUGGACUUUCAGACAGCACCUGGGGGAGAAAAAACAACAACAAAAAACCCUACCUUCUAACAAAUAACCAAUAUCUCAAACUAUUGGCAUACACCACUAGGGAUCGACCAAUAUCAUUUUUCAAGAGUCGAUCCAGAUAAUCAGUUGCCUUUUGGGCCAAUAGCCGAAAACUGGAUCUAAUAUUCUGUACAUUUUAAAGUUUUAAAAAAACUACACAAAUCUAGCAUUAACUGAGCAUACUGUCAGCAAUCACACUCAAAUCACAGACAGCCAAUACAUACUUGGAUCACUGAGAGCACUCUCCGCAGCUGUCUGUGAUGCAGUUGGAGACCCUUUUGAAGGUGUUGAUUUUUUUAUUUUUAUUUAUUUAUUUUUUAACCUUGCAGUUCUAUAUAUGAAUAUAUGUUUAAUCUAUGUAUAUGCUAGCAAAAUUGAUAAACUAUGUAUAUGACAAUAUGUAUGAUUUUUUUUAUUAUAAAUUUUUUUAUUUUAAAUAGUGUAGAGCUAAUCAUAGAACGUUAAUUGCACAUUUAAUUUACAUUUCUUGUAUAAUGAUUAAAACGUUUGUGUUAAUUUAUGUUUUUGGUGACUUCGCUCUGACACACAAUGCCCCAAAACACCUUACCCCAAGAGUUUUAUUUAUUUAUCUUCUUUCUUCAAGACACACAAGGAUUUAUUCAUUUCUGAUCAUUGCAAUUUACAAACUUGCCUGUAAUAAAUCAUCCGUUGUGACCAUACCAUAACAAUCUACUUGUUUGUGCUUUGUGAUAUGGCCCAGCACGGUAAACCCAAGAUGAAGGAAUUUUAAGCUUUUUAUAAUUAUACAUUUGGUUACACUGUGUAAAACUGGCAUGUAGAUUACAGGUGUGUGUGUGUGUUUCAUAUUCCUUGAUGCCUGUCUGUGUGAUCUGUUAGACAGGUAAUGGUUGUUGAAGGGAUAGCUGCUCAGUGAGACCCUCUCUCUCCUACAAAAUCCAUACAGAGCUGUAGACAGAGUUCAUUUUAAUUCCAUAUAUUGCAGGUAACCAGUGAAUGAUCAUCACCUGGCACCUAACCAUUCAAGUGCCUGUGAAGGGGAAAAUGGCAUGUAUUGUAACGUACAUGCCAGAGUGGAGAAAUUUGGUUUAAUGGCUGUUUUUAGAUAACAUUGUGUUUUUUGUGUGUAUAGAAGUUAUAUAAAUUUUUUUAUUUCUCUCCUCCAGGAGCAUGUGCCAUGGAUACCAGUGUAUACGCAAUGGGCGGCUACGAUGGGACAGACCAGCUAAAUAGCGUGGAAAGAUAUGAUGUAGAAAAGGAUACCUGGAGCUUUGUGGCCUCCAUGAAACACAGAAGGAGUGCACUGGGGGUUACUGUGCACCUGGGCAAGAUCUACGUUCUGGGUAAAUAUUCCAUGCAGUUAUAUCCUGGGCGCGCUGAAAUCCAGGGGUUCAUUAGUCCCACUCUGUCUGUUUUAAUUGGAACACUGCAAGAGACGAGCAUUCUCUCCCUGCGACAGGAAACUCUACAUUCUAUUGGUUAUAGUGCCAUAAGUGCACUUACUUUACCCUAGUGUAAGUAGUCAAACACCUUAUUGAUGACAAAGCGUAAAAUGUGUUCAGGUUCAGGUGUGUCCCCCUCCCCCUUUAUUUUGACUUCAUAGCUGGAUUCCGCUGGUUGCCCCUCCCUGCUCUCUGCAGCUAUUUAAUUGGCUAAGCCCAGUGGUGCAAGACUUGGCUUAUUGGCUGAGAGCGUUGGCCGAUCUUACACUGCAGGGCUUGGAUAAGUGGCUUCUGGUACUCGCUCUUGGCUGCAGAGUGACAGGGAGCAGCGCUGGUAGAACCCAGGUUAGAAGUCAGACUGAUGGCAAACUGAUUAUUUACAUUGGGAGGGCACCAGGACAAUCCUUGCACCAUAACCACGACAGUGCUCGGAAUGUUCCUUGAAAUGUAUAAAUGGCAUUUACUCUGCUGAGGAAACGCCACUUUCUGGGAAGUGACGGUGCAAUCAACAGGCACAAUUAGAACUAAAUCUAAAAGGUAAAUGAUACUCCAAAAUAUUCCCCAUUUGAGUGAGUAGGUCUCGCAAUAUUCAGAUUUUGUUUCUCCAGAGCGAGCUUUUAAAUCGGGUAUCAAAGCUGAUCACAUUUACUCCUCUGCCUAUUUCUUCACCUCCUGCUGUCUAAAUAAACAUUUGGUUGUUCUAUAAAGUAAGUGAGUUUAAUAUGGUUAAGCUAAUUUCUAUAAUGAUUUCCAUCAUCCUUUACACCAGUGAUGGGAAAUGUAAUUAAGAACAUGUGGAAUACCAAGAUAAGCCAUUGCUGCUCUGCUUGUUUGAGCAGGGUUCCUGCAUGCCUGAAUAGGAUUAUUUACUUGUAUGUUUAAUUUAGCAGUUGUACAGCUCUCUCGCCGCUCUGUAAUUACUAUAACCGCGUUUAAUUCUAUCGAUGCUUUUACACUGUUAGGAUUAUUCAUUAAAGUGAGAAUUCAAAGUGAAAUUUAAAUUUAAGGCCUAGGUAGUCAAACGGGAACAGUAACCAACUUACAGAAUUUUUCCUAUUUACCCUUUCUAGUCCUAAAAAGGACACUAUAGGCACCCAGACCACUUCAGCUCAUUGAAGUGAUCUGAGUGCAUAUUCCUAGGUCCCUUAACCCUGCAAAGGCAAUUGCUGCAGCUUUUAAUAAAGCUUUGAGGGUUAAACGACCACUAUAGGCACCUAGACCACUUCAGCUUAAUGAAGUGGUCUGGGUGCCAGGUCCAGCUAGGUUUAACCCUUUUUUUUUUUAUAAACAUAGCAGUUUCAGAGAAACUGCUAUGUUUAUAUUAGGGUUAAUCCAGCCUCUAGUGGCUGUCUCAUUGACAGCCGCUAGAGGGCUUCCGCGCUUCUCACUGGGAUUUUCUUGCCGCGCAUGCGCAUUCAGCCGGUGACGGGAGGAGAGGAGGAGGAGAGCUGCCCGGCGCUGGAGAAAGAGGUAAGUUUAACCCCUUCCUCUCCAUCCAGCCCGGCGGGAGGGGAACGAGUAUAGUGCCAGAAAAACGAGUAUGUUUUCCUGGCACUAUAGUGGUCCUUUAACUCCACCUCUAGUGGCUGUCUACCAGACAGCCACUAGAGGGACUUCUGGUUCAUUAGGUAACUUUUGGUGACCUGACGCUGUACGUCCUCACGCUAUGUAUGAGGCCAUUCAGCGUCACCCGACAACCAGAGGAAAGCAAUGUAUAAUGCUUUCCUGUGGGGAAGAACUAAUGAUAGUGCGACCAUUGCACAUUAGGUAUCUCCUGCCGGCUGAUGUCUGUGGGGGAGGAGCGGAGACAGAGACCCGUUUUUUGACCCCGUUUUUAAACCCUUCUGCACCACUGGGUGGGAGGGUUGGACAUAGGGGGGCACUAUAUGGAGCUUAUAGUGCCAGUAAAAAAACUAUAGUUUCCCUUUAAACCUUGGAAUUCCCUUUGAAUUCUCACCUUAGCGGAUAACCUUGUGUGUGUUUUUUAUACCACCAUUUGAAAGUCUUUUUCUAUUUUUGAUACCCAGGUGGAUAUGAUGGGAGCACAUUUUUGGACAGUGUUGAGUGUUACGACCCGGCCACGGACGUAUGGACAGAAGUUACUCAUAUGAUGUCAGGACGCAGUGGUGUCGGUGUAGCCAUUACCAUGGAGCCGUGCCGUACCGUGGAGCCACGUGGGAGUCUUUUCUCAGAGAAACCCAAAGAUGUCUACCUCCAAGAGAAAGCCACUGCGAGUGGCUGCUGUUUUUCAUCACACCGAAAAAAAUAAGGCUAAUAAGAAAAUAAUGAGUUAACUAACAGUUGUUCAGUGUUAAAGAAUACAAUUGGAUUUGGUUUUUAAUCCGCAGGUUAGAAGACUUGUCUUAAAACAAAAAAAAAAAACUUAACAGAAACAUGUACAGAUGGUGCCAUGGAAACCAGCGACUUUUUAAGGCCAUAUGCGAUAUUAAGAAUACAAUGUGCAGCGUUUUUUUGUUUGCUUUAUUUUCCCCCUGUGCCUUUCAUUAACGUGAUAUCUGGUCAUAACAAUAUCUUUACAUUAAGCAUUAGGGAUUGGCAAUUUGUUUGUCUUAACAUUUUUAUUUUAUUUUUAGAUUGUUCAGCAGUUGAAAAUCAUUUUAAUAAUCACUUUUGACGUGGGAGUAUUUGGGGUCUAACGUCUGAAUUCGUCACAAAAUGGGUUGAUUAAACAAAAUAUAUAUUUAUAUGCUGAAUCAUCUUAAAAAACAAUGUUAAUACAACUUGCAUAGACUAUUUAUUUUUAUUUUUUAUAAUGCUGUAUUUUUUUCCACACUUACCCUGUCUGCUUUUAAAGGUUCAUUCCUUUCCCAGCAUGCAAAAUGUAGCAAAUAUCCAGGAUUGGUAUCCAUGCCAUUAAAAGUGUAAAAAUAAAAAUAACAAUAAAUCUUAAAGGAAAACUACCAUUCUCCCCCCAAUACUGAAUAUAAGAUGCCACGUAGUAUAGCACUGUAUUACUUUGUAAUCAACACCUAUAAAUAUUAAUAAAUAAAUAAUCGUUCAGUGCAUCUUCUGGCUAGCCUUGAUCUGUGAGAGCAGCCAUCUUUAGUCCGCUGUUCAUAAUCCCACUUACCAGCCCAUGCCAUGCUCCAAUUGCAUUUUAAAUGCUGGACAUUUGCAUGUUAGGUCAGGAUUUGUAAAUGCGCUCUAGCUCUUGAUUAUAUACAUGUUUUUGGACAAAUAGAACUUAACAUGGUCUCACCCUUACACCGAGGUGCAUUGAAACGAGGUAAAUACUUUAUAUGUAUACAUUACAAAGUAAUGGGCUAUAAUACAUGUAAAAUUUUAUUUUCAAUAGUCUUAAACAUAAUUUUCCUUUUAACACCUUUUCCUUCUUGUCUGACAUUAGUUUGUGUUGUCUGAAGAGCUUUAGCAAACAUAAAUCUGUGCUCAACGGUUUAUCAUGGUUGGUGAUCCGCAUGCUCGGUACAUCAGCGCGGCUUUCCGUUCAAGUAAAUGGAAGCACGUCUGGCUGUAUUAUGUGUGCCAGUGCAGUUUCAUGUCAUUUCUAUGAAGUGUAGUGGCCCAUGUAGAGAGUAUUGAGCAACCAGAGUUUCUAUGGGCAUCAGUACCAGUGAUCUGUUGCAGAAAAGACACAUCUAGAGGCUAGUAUCGUUUUAAAUAUUUUUGGCCUUUUUUUCCCUCCUUUCUAAUGGAUUUCCAACUAAAUACUGUGGAAGGUGGUAAAAUUCCUCCAAAUCCUCCCUGCAGAGUCCAUAUAAAAUGCAAAAGGGGUGGCACCUAGGCUUGAAAAUAAUUUUAUGGUUCAAAUACUUGGAUAUUCCAAUUUUGCAAUUUCUAGUGUAGUGGAUGAUCCUGACCAUAACUGCCUACCAAAGAUUCAUGGGAGCUUAUAGAUUUACAAAUGCAGGCAACUCCUUUCGUGAAUCCUAUCAAACAAGUCACUGAUAGACCUGGUGAAACAAUGUUCCAUAUUGGCUGAAAAUCUGUAAAUAUAAAUUAACUUUUUUUUUUUUUUUUUCUCUUUUAAAACUUAUCUUGCAAUAUAUUUGAACUUUUUUUUUGCAUUUUUAUUUAUCUGCUGAUAUUAUUGUGACCGAAUAUGUGAAAUUUGAGGUUUUUUUUUUUUUUCUUCUGUUCAAUGUAAAGUCUAACAUUUUAUAUUAUUGCAUAAAUCUCUGAAACUCUCCACAAAAAUUAUGUAUACACAGACCCGCCACCUUCAAAGCUUUAAGUUAAUAGAGCGUAAACUGUCACUGAGUUAAUAGUUUUCAUUAAGCUAUCUUUUCUAAUAGCAUAUCUGCUAUAAACCUGAGCUACUCAUUCAAUAUGGCCACUUUAGCGUUUUCCUAAACUAGUUUUUCUUAACCUUUUUAAUAAUAGCAGAUUGUCGAGAAAAAUCAAACCAAAUCGCAACAUCAUCUGCCGUAACGGUGGUAGAAAAAUGCUCCAUUUGAAAUUUAUACCCAAAUUACCUGUUCUAUAAUGGUUUUAUUAGCAGGUAGAAUUAAAUCUAUUUUAAAAAGUAUUAAAGGCACUUUUAUGAUAAACAUGUCAAUCCUGAUUUAUAGACAUCCUAAUUUUAUUUUAUACGUUGCACCAGCAAACGUAUAAACGAGUAGUUGAUAGGAACAAGUUACAUGUAUGAUAGUAACUUGACGCCCCGUUUUUUCAUUUGUAAAAUUAUCUCCGUGAUCCAUUCUUCAGUUUUAAUGCAAUAUAAAAAAAAAAAAAAAAAAAAAUUGCAAAACUACUUCAUUAAACUCUACCCAGUGGUAUGGUGCUUUUGAUUGGUUGUCCACUGGAAAAGCAAGUGGACCUACAACCACUGGUAAAAAUAUAAAUAUUUAUUUACCUGUGCAUUUAUGCUGCGGAACUUCUCUAUGGAAGAAAAACGACAAGCUGCAAUGCUGCAGCCAUCUUGGAGGAGGCAGACUUGAUGUUAGGAUGUACAUCUGAUGGCAAUUUUUCUAGCACAAUGUAAAUAUUAAAUAUUUUGAUCUUCCUGAAGGGACAGUUCAUUUAUUGUGUGGAAUAUAAAGUCCUUUUUUUUUUUUCAACUGCUGAGCCUUCUGUAUUAAUGGUGUAUGGACAUUUUUAAUAUUUUAUGAAAACUUUCCUUUAUUUCAGGCAACAAUAAAUUAAGGGAUUGAUUUUAAUGUGAGUUUGCUUUGUAUAUUAUAGCAGAUUGUUGUUCGUCUGUCCCAUGUGAAAGUGACUUUUUUUACUUAAUGACAGCCAGACUCCCAUUGAGUCAAUGAUGUUUCCAUUAGGUGCUGUAUUGUAAAGAAUGGCGAAAUUCAAUCCAAGCAUACAUUUUAGCAUCAUUGGUAUACUUUUGAAUUGAAAAUAGCUUUAUGAAAGGUCUAUGCUGUAUAAAAAGAUAUACACAAGGACUGAAUAUACAUUACUCAAUUGCUCAAGCAAUGCAAAUAAUAAUGUGCAGCUAUGCUACCAUAACUACCUUCUGGAAUCCUUGAGUGUAUUGUAUCGCGACUCGUGUCCUACAGCUAAAUGUAGUAAUUAUGGGAAGAGAACGUCAGCAUCUACAGUAUGUUGUAAAAGGGACCAAACAAAAGAUCAGGCAAUGUUUUGGGUCUAUACUCCAGCUAAUUCACAAACAUUUGUCUCAAUAAGUUGGGAGCUCAUUUUUGAUGACCAAAUAAUCCGAUCUUUCCUCAAACCAUAUCUUAGCAAGUCCAUUUGUGACCUGCUAACCCAGUUAAAUCAGGUUCUCCUGCCUGUUUAAGAAGGACCUGGAAAAUUCUUGAACAUAUUGAAGUCUACUCCGUUUUGUUAAUGCUUGCUGAAGUGUUGUAGGGGCUAAAGCGUCCCCUCUUUGUGACUUUAUAAAAUUGCUGAUUUUAAUUGAAACCACCAUAUCUAUUAAAUGCCAUGAUCGUACCAUCUUGAUUGUCAAUAAGACAGAGAGGGAGUGCUGUUCCCAAUUGCUUUAUACACCAGCUCAAAGGGAAUAACUGUGCCUCUCGGAGAGAGGCAUUGGAUUCAAUGUUUCUCAAUGCAAAGCAUCACAUGUUCAACACAGCUAUUACCGAUCAUGAUCUCUGCAUUCUAUCCACGAUUGGCCGGAAACCGAUUGGUACUGAUUAGUUCCUGGCAGGAACAGCAGUGCUAACGCUAGGAUUAGUCUUGUGCAGGAUUACUGAUUUAUUCACAGGAAAGGUCUUGCCACGAUAAACAAAUAUAUGGAACGUUCCUUAAGGAAUGUAAAGGUGGAUCUGGCUUAUCCAAUCUGAGUUCUAGGUCACUCCUUGGCUUAUUCCUUUUAGUCAGCCAUCAGUCUAAAGGCUAAAAAAUUUUUUAGCUCAUCAUAAACAGAAUAAGCGAACCCUUGACAGCCACCAAACUGAACAUUUAAAACCUAUUGAUAUUGUCAGUUGUUGACUUAUUCAGCAUAUUGAGCUGAUAGGAGUCAAACUAAUUCUAAAAAUAUAGGCAACUCCUCACUUCCAUAUAGUGACAGUCUUUGUCUCUCCAAUUCGCUCAUAAUUAAAAUUAAUCUCAAUUUACGAGUAACACAAUGACAUGAACCUGACCACCUUAUGUAAGCUCGUUCACUAUAAUUAGUUUGUUUAUAAACUUGGGUUGAUUUAAUCAGAUUUUACCAUACUUUCUAUGUUUACCUUUUUAUUCAUUUCUUUAUUAUUUUAUCAAUCUCUUCUCAAUUUGGUUUAGGUAAUGUUCAUUACAAAUCAUUAUUCAGUUUGUGGAUAGCUGAAUGUUCACUUGUAAAUUAUAACAGAAAAUACUAUAACUGUAAGACAAGCGUAUACAUAUGCUAGCUAAAUGUACAUAAUUAUAAUAUUUAAUUCUAUUUUGUGUAUCUUCUUAACAAACAAUGUUUUUGCUUUUGCACAAACUGCCCAAAUUGUUAAUAAAACAUUUACAAACUGAAAAA